AUGCUUUUGCAACGUACUUUCGCCCUCGCUCUCCGAAGAGCAGCUGCUCCUCGUGCCGCCAUUUCGUUUGCUGCGAAACGCACACUGGCCACUACCCCAAUCCGCCGGGACAUCAAGAAAGAGGUUGAGCAGAAAGUCAAGACCUUUAGCGAGAUCAAGACUGAGGAGGACCUUAUCGGUCCCGGUGCCGCCCCCGGUACCGUCCCGACGGAUUUUGAGCAGGCGACUGGUCUCGAGCGUCUCGAAAUCCUCGGAAAGAUGGAGGGUGUGGAUGUUUUCGACAUGAAGCCUCUAGAUGCUUCCCGUCGGGGAACUAUGGAGAACCCAAUUGUCGUUCAGAGUUUCGGUGAAGAACGAUACCUCGGAUGCACUGGGUACCCAGCCGACUCGCACAACACAAUUUGGCUUACUGUUUCGAAGGACAGACCAAUUGAACGCUGCCCUGAAUGCGGUGGUGUUUACAAGAUGGAGUACAUCGGCGCUGAGGCUUCGCACGACCACCACCACGAUGAGCACCACACCGAACACGUCGACCCGCCUACCAUGGCUGACUUUGUCAAGCCGCAGUACUGGUAG